AUGGACGACGUUCAAAAACACGACGUAAGGACAGCCGGCGGCUACACUGCGAGUCCUCCAGCUACGAGCCAUAAGGGCAGCGUUAGGCGUCGUAGAAAAGCCAGAGAUUCGGACAACGCUGUGGCAGACGACGUGAAGGCACAGGAGUGUCUGCAAUCACCCAGUGAUUCGGACGACGUCACGGUAGACGACGCGAAGACAGCUGCGCGUCGCCAAGCCAGAAGCGAUACGGACGUCAUAACAGCACACGACGCGAAGGCAGCCGGUGGCUCUACGAGUCCUUCAACUACGACCGACGAGGACGGCGUCAGGAGUCCUCGAAAGGCCAGUGAUUCGGACGACGCUGCGGAAGACGACGUGAAGACAGCUCGGCGAUCGGACAGCGAUUCGGAGGACGACGUCACGGUAGACAACGCGAAGACAAAUACGCGACGCCAAGCCCGAAGCGAUACGGACGUCGUUAGAGCACGCGGUGUGAAGGCAGCCGGGCGCACCGUCACGAGUCCGCCAGCGUUGAGCAACAUGAACGUCAUUACAGCGGAUGACGUGAAGAAAGCUGGGACUGCCGUCACGGCUGCCGCAGCAGCCGCUGCCGUCGCAAUGCGCCUAGCUGACCAGCGGGGAGUCGACGAGGCCGCGGCGCUGCGCGCAAGACAGUGCAAUGCAGACCCUUGCGUUGUCUGCAUCGUGGCGAUCAUCGGUUUACUCCUCGUCUACCGUCUGUUCCUAAGGUAG